AUGAUGUUACGUGUUUUGUUUGUAUUCAAUUUCAAUGUACUUUGGCGGAAAUCGGUUCAACAUGUUGUUAUAAUCUCGGUUGUUGUCCAGCCAAAAGUAAUAAAAGGUUGUUGUCCAAAACGAUAUCCUGUCUGCUGUUCAACGCAAUGUUGUUCGUCAGGUUCUUACUGUUGUGGAGAAAAAUGUUGCCGGCGCGACACGAUAACAGGUCGUCUUUUUGAAAUACCUGAUGGGAUAACAAAAUCGAAUCGAUACCGACAAAUGAUGUUGAAAACACAUGCAAAUUAA